AUGAGUGAAGAACACGCUUUGAUCGCGUUGAAUAGAAAAGACUCAAUCGAAACGUACAAAGAAGAUGAGAGUCUUUUAGAGGGAACAGCGGGAAAAAACGAUAAACGGUUCUCUUGGAAGGUUCCCUUUCGUCUAGAAUCAAGCUUGAGGCGGGUACGGCGCAGGCUUCGAAAAAUGAGCUGCAUUACGAGAGCGGACGACGCUGAACUGACUCCAACGGAUGUGCCGAGACACAAAAGUAUCGAUAUCGGCGUGGGUCUGGCGCGGCGAGUGUCACUAUUUAUCUUCACUAGAAGAUCGGUCUGCCUGCACCCUUAUCACCCGUACACGCCUAAACAAACGACGAGGAAGAUUUCUCUGAGGUGCGACGAAAAACAAAAGAAUUAG